CAGGGCCUUUAAACUUGAAGUGAGCUCCACCAAAGACGUAAUACUUGUGGCGCCAGAUGAACUGACGGAUCCAUAUCCGCUGGUGGAUUACACUGUGGGAGGAGUGCGUUUGAUUACCCUGAAGAGAUAUAUUCAAGUUUAAGACAUCCAGGACGUUUUUGACGCCAGCCUGCACUUCAUCGGUGGCCUGGGCAUCACCAUCUACAUUCACCUUCCUUCAAUACAUCCAGGUGGUAUUGAAGCAGCUUUCUGGAGCCUCACGCCGAGACGCAACUUGAUCGGUCAAUAUGGCAAAUCCCAUACGACUGCUCAUCUUGUUGAGUGACGACAGCUCAGUGAGGAUGGAUCUACCACUGGUGCCAGAGACCGUUGAAGAGCUCAUUGAACAGGUCCAAGAAGCAUGCCAACUUAUUGGAUGCAUCAGGCUGCAAUACAAGGAUGUGGACUUUGGUGGAACAUUUGUUAACCUGAGCACAACCUCCUCGAUCAAGGAUCUUGCCACCAUCAAGGUCAUACCGCUUGUUCCUGAUAGUGAUAUCAUUCUGGAAUUUAUAGACAGUGUCUCAUCUAAUUUGAGUGAGCUAGACUCAAGCUCCUUCUCAGCACACACUGAUUCAGGUGACACAGUCAUACUCAGCAGCAGCCCCUCCGGGAGACUCCAAACAGAGCCCUGGCCAAAGCAGUUCAACAUCCCGACCUUCUCCUUUGAAACAGAAGGUCAACUCGAGAAAGGGAAUGCUGAAUACACCAGGAACCAAACUAGACUGACGCCUUCGUCAAAAAUGCUGUCCGACAUACUGGAAAGAUUGGCAGAGAAGAUUUUCUCCUACAAGGCAUACCCCACUGAUGCAGACUUGGGUGAUGUUGCAGUGGCUCUGACAAUCAAGCAUCCCUGCCUGAGGCAAUCAGACUCCUUCAAUGAGAGCUACGGAUGGAAAAUUAGACUGAAGAGUAAGAUGUGCAACUAUCGCACUCAGCUGAAGUCGCAUGGACUUGCAUCUGAGCUCAUGGUGAAUACUCUCAAACAUAAGUCACGAGAAGAUCUCUAUCCCCUCCCAGCAAAGAACAACAAAAAGGCAAGAAGAGGUGAGGCCAAUUUCUAUCCUCAGACCAGCAUUGCGACUCCAGAAAGCCUGGAGCAAGAGAGAACAUUGCUUCUGACUGAAGUAAAGAAGAGAAACAAUGAGAAAACCAUACGGGAGAAGAUGGCCUGGACCUUCGACUUUAGGAGGCAAGAGGUUGUGGAUCAGAAGCCUUCCAUCGAGAACCUCAUGGAAAGAUGGCCAGCUCUAUUUCAGAUGCAAGAGGUAUACCAUUCUUAA